CAUCCACACGAAGCGGCGACUGAAGUACACUCCUGAAUCUUGAGUAUUGUGUGGGACUCAGUUGCUUCCAGUAACCACGGAAUGUUGUAAACAGUUGAUAACGUUCGGAUAUGACUCUUUAUAGUAGAUACGCAUUACACGAUACAAAGAACAGUCAACGAAACUUCUCUGUGAAAAAAGCCAAAGGUUGUUGAAAGGGAAGGAAAGACAGACAUGCCGCACUCCAUGAAGGAUGCUUUACUGUGUCCGGGUCUCCAAAUCUUCCUGUUGCUGCUACUCUUAUCGCCUUUAUCAUCUGCGGAUAUUUCAACCUGCAUCAGCAAUGAGGAUUGCCUGAGGAACAUGGGGAGUGUGAUGAUGAAAAGAGAGAAGAAGCAAGUAGACAACACGACAUACUGCUGCCCAAACUCCUCGGACUACAUUGACCUCAACUACCUUUCCUCUGGCAACGUGACGUGCCAGUGCAAGAGCGCCAACCAAAAGGCAGCGGAGUACGCCGACGAGACCAUGGGUCAGGGCCGAUCGUGCAACUGGGGUGCAGACUGUUCUGCACAAGAUUACAGAACGACAGGCGACGACUUUGUCUUCUGUUGUCUGGGAGCAGGCUAUCCACAUACUCGUAUCACACAUUUUGGAAACGAGUCGGUAUGCCGGUGUCAAAGUGGCUCGUUUCCUCUUGUGGACCCAGGCGAUUACGUUCUUCCGACUACCAACAUGGCGAGAAACUCAGGUGAGAUGUGUACAUACAAUCAUGGGUGUGCGGAUUUUCCGAGUGUCCAGUGCCGGGCCGACACAGCUACAUUCUGUUGCUAUGGCAGCCGGGGGAUACAGACUGUCAACGACCAUUUUCUGAACGUGACACGCUGCACGUGCACUAACGAUUACGUGGGAGCACAGUGUGCCAGUGACCCGUACCAGGUGCCGAACACAACAGAUGUUGGUACUCACGCAUGUAGAAGUGGAAGCGACUGCCGAGAUACAAACUCACAGUUUGUUUGUCCCCAUGGUGACACUGUUUUCUGCUGCCCCCAGCAAGGUGUAAACUUGACCAUUGUCAAUAACGUUAUAGCCAGCUGCACAUGUGUUUCUUCUGGACACAGCUGUAACGUCACAGUAUCAUCUUCCGCGAGCAACAGACCUGCUGUUGGACUUGCUUCUAAACUUUUGAUGUUCAUGGCAACGGUUUUAAUUUUCCUUUUUUUCUCGUAAUUUGCUUUUUAUUUUAUGGUUUUACAGUGUUGUCUACUCUGAUCAAGCUAUUUAGGAGCUGUGAAUGUUUUAAAGGUUGUAUAGUUUUUCACCAUCACCUAUUUAUGUUAUCGCAAAUCAGUUCGUCGCUUCAACGCAUAUUAACGUUAAGUUUUAUUUGUUUGACUGGAAACUGUAUAUGCUAAUUUUAUAUCUGUGCCACAGUUUUUAAAUUACCUUUGGAGCAACAGUCGCAGAAAUCAACUUAUAGCAAUUUCUACUGAAUAUCUUUAUUUUAAUUAAUUUUUCUUUUCUGUCUUGAAUUUAAUGCGUGGAGCUAUGACGUUGCAAAAAUGGCUUACAACGAGAGAGGAGGUAUCUUUGAAAAUGAUCAGCAAUGCUUCUUACAAUUGAAAAACAGAUUUCGUACACUUGCACGCAUUCUUAUUG